AUGACGCUGACGACGAAAGCCGAAGGGCAACGCGUUCAGUGGGUACAAGAAAUGCGAGCGGAUGGGGUUCCGGUGACGUACAGUAUGCUCCGAAUCAUGAUGCUGGAGUCUUUCAUCGAUCUUGGGCUGAAGGAAGACGAGUUUCGUGCCGGCUGGCACUGGGUCGACGGAUUCAAGCGCCGGCAUGGCUUGUCCCUUCGAGCUCGAACGCGCAUCGGUCAACAGACACCCGAUGAUGGCCUUGAUCGUUACGACAUCGACGUAAUCUACAAUGCAGACCAAACAGCAGUCAAAUCUGAGUACCUGCCAACCAAGACCCUGAACAAGAAGGGCGAGAACACCGUGUGGGUUAAGUGUGGAGGCAAGACCAAGGACCGCAUGACGGACAUGCUGUUGGCGGACAAUACAGGCACCAAACACACGUUGUUUUUGGUCCUUCGAACGCCGAAGUCCAAAAUCAAAGCCGUUAUACAAGAGAACCUGACCAUGCAACAGGGUUUUGGCAAGCGGCUGUGGGGGAGUGUUGAACCAUGCAAGAUUCGAACGGUGUUGUGA